GUGAGAUCCAGUCCAGGUUUUUCUGACCCCCCUCCUCAGAAGGUGUUGAGGCUGCAGCAGCAUGAACACACGCUCACACACUCUCACACACUCCCAUGGAAGCAGUGGACUCUGCCUGAAGUCUGUUGUUGUUGUUGUUGUGAUUCUGCAGAUUCAGACAUGUUACCGAAGACUCGUCUGGGGAAGCGCUCUCCUCUCGGGGCACUGCUGAACGCAACCUGCACCACAGGUGAGCCCGGCGUCACCGUGGCAUCGGGGCAACCGGCCUUCGGAAGGGUCAAAGGUCACCCAGGGCUCAAGGUGUAUUUCCAGUGUGGGGGAGGGGAGUCCUCAGGUGUGGAUCCUCUGGACGUCUCCUCUGGUCCCUCCUCAGUUCCUCCGUCCUGCAGCAGAUCCGUCUCCUCCUGCAUCGACGUGCCCAGAAGUCAGAGGAGUCCGAAGGAGGUGGACGUGGACGAGCUGAUGGCAGCGAUGGUGCUCAGCAGCCUGUCUUGCAGCCCCCGACUGCACAGCCCCCCCGAGCCUGCAGCUCCUGCCAUGGACUGCGGCGACCUGUCAGACAGCGGCAGCAGCGGCUACUGGAGCGUCGGCCUCACCAACAGCAGCCCGACCCCCUCUCCACCGAUCACAGAGCCCGACACCAGCCAGGCCUCGCCCCCUGACGAGGGCCUGGACAUGGAGCUGGAGACGAUGCUGUUCGAGGAGCCGGCACCGCGGAAACGCAGGAACUCGGUGAAGGUGGCGUACCGGUGUCUGUGGCCGAGCUGUGGGAAGGUGCUGACGUCCGUGGUGGGAAUCAAACGCCACAUCAGGACCACUCACCUGUGCCGUGGCAGUGAUCACGAGCGAUGCUCCCGCAGCGAGGAGGACUUUUAUUACACCGAGGUGACCGAGCGGGAGUCUCCUCCUCACCCCUCCUCCCCCACCUCUUCCUCCCCCCCGUCACCCCCCAGCCCUCCCCCUCCCUCUCCUUCCCCCCCACCUCCUCCAGCCUGCAGCAGCCUCAGCUGCUCCGCCCCCUCGUCCUCCGGCGGCUUCAUACAGGUCCAAUCAGAUCACUCCUACCAGGCUCCACCUGUCAGUCAUGUGACUUCAGCAGCCGCUCCGACCACGCCCACCUGUCGCUGGACGGCCCCGCCCACCAGCUGCCUCAGACAGGGUUUGACGUUCAGGGUGCGCUCGGUGAGUGUUGGAGAGCAGUGGCUGCAGCAUCAGAGCGCCCCCUGCAGGAGGAUUCGUGGCGAGGCGAAGAAAUGUCGUAAAGUGUACGGCAUCGAGCACAGAGACCAGUGGUGCACGGCCUGCCGCUGGAAGAAAGCCUGCCAACGCUUCCUCGACUGAAGACCAAGAGGAAGAGGAGGAGGGGAGGAAGACGAAGAGGAAGAAGAGGAUGGGAGGAGGAGGAAGAGGAGGAGGAGGAAGUCCCUAGAGGAGACACACUGAAGCCUAGCCAGAGGGACGUUUUCUUGUGGUAUCUGAAUCCAGAAAUACUUCUUGUUCUCUUUUUUAUACUCUUUCUAUAUAUUUCCUAGAAGUGUCUUUUUCUUCCUUCUGAAUGUAUUUUGUAGAUGUCCUGUUUUUAUGAUCCACACGUUCGGGGGCAGCUACGAUGUGACCUUUGACCUUUGAAUAUGAUAUUUGAAGCCGAGGAGAGUGUUAUAAACAUAUAAAUACUUCUGUUAACGAGCCGAGAUUAUUCACAUCAACAGAAGCGUUGACUUUAAAGGUCCCCUAUCAUCCUCCUAUAUCACCAAUAUAUUCCAGGUCUCAAAUACAGAGCCUGUCUCUGAUUGGCUGAAACACCAAACAGAUCAUUGUCCCAUAACCCCCUCUGUUUCAGCCCUGUUCCUAAAGCGCUGAUUCUGUGUCUGUAGCUUUAAAUGCUAAUGAGAGGCUGCUGGCCACGCCCCUCUGAGAGCUGAUUGGUUUGUAAAAAACCUCAGUGAUGCUUUAGGGGGAGAUCCAGGUGAUGAAGGGUUUUGCGUAGGGGACCUUCACUUACUCUAUUAGUUUAGCUUAAAGCAAUAAUAAGUUGCUGUUGAAAUAAUACAUUUAAUUAAAGUCAACGCUUCAGUUUUUCGGUGCAACAAGGAUUAUAAAUCUCCGUUUGAAGAGUAAUCGUACUUCACGUUAUCCCUGUAUCAUAGAACACAGACUUCUAACAAGUGGUUGCCAAAAUGAAUAAUGAAAUAAUACUCUACUGUAGUAUUUCCGUGUAUUUCUGACUGUGCUUCCCUGGAAGAAUCAUACCCUUACUUCAGAUGUUUUUAUAUCUGCAAACAGGUGGAGCUGCAGCUAAUGACAGAUUAUCGUUUAUCAGAUUAAUAUGCAAGUGCAAAAAUGUGCAUCACAGAGUCUAAAAGAUCAGGUCUUUAAAUGUCCAAAGAUUUUUCGGUUAAUAGAAAAAUCGUUGAGUCAACUCACCGGAGAAAAAUAUCAUGAAAUGUGUCCGAAAAGUGCGUUAAAAAUGUCAGAAAAUAUUGAUAAAGGUCCAUCCUUGGCUCUCAAAAUCAGGAUAUUGUGUUUUAAAUGACUUCAUUGAGUCUAAGAUUACUGAACACAUCUUGAAAUGUCAAAAGAGAUCACUUUAAAGUGAAUAUUUAAGCAAUAAAAAACAGCUUUUUCUGACAUUUUUUCCUGAAAAUGACUUCAAACGAUGAGUCAAAUGUGAAAAUGCUAAACUGUAUAUUUCCUACUGGUUGCAGCUCUACUUACAUCUACAUUAUAGUGUUUUAUGGACCAUUUAUUGAAUGUCUUUAUGCUGCUUUAAGGCACUGAAACACUCUGCUGUAGACUGCUGUCCUCGUGGUGCGUUCAAGUGCAACGCCAAGACCGGUCGUCCUUUGUCAACACGCGUCCUUUAUUUUGGUCUCGGUGCAUCCUGCUCUUCAUCUCUGACUCCUGCAGUGAUCCUGUUCAUCAUACCAGAGACAUUUAUACAUAGUUCCUGUAAAUAUCAGGCCUGUUUUUGUGUUUGGAAACAGAAGCCAUUUCCUCUCGUCUCUUUGAAACACAAGUAUAUGUUUAAUUACACAUAAAUAUACACACAGUUUCACACUCAAUCAUAUAUAUUUGAACACUUUACCAGACCCAUAUCUCCAGUACUGACUCUUCCAGAUGUUAAACUCUUCUUCUUCUCUAUUUAUAUUCUCUACAUGUUGUUUACCAGCAGAAACGGUAAAGGUUGAUCGUUGUUAUCCAAAUGUUUUUAAAGAUGCACUCUUUUAUACAUGAUGUUGAAUCCUGAUGUUAUAAUAAAGUGAAACGCUGA